AUGCAUAAAGUUAGAAGAAGACGUGUAGUCCCUGUUGAUGUUCAUAGCGAAGACGAGGACGAAUUCGAUGUUACCAGAGAGGAACUCGAGCUCAGUGAUCUAUCUGGUUCGGAGGCAAGUUGUGAAGAUUCGGACAUUGAAAGUGAAAAUUCACACAGUGACGGCGAGGAAGAAAUUAAUAAAGAGACCACGAGCUCGAUCACGGAGGAACAAAAUUCUAUUAGAGAAGAGGAAAGCUCGAUUACGGAAGAGCAGAGCUCUAUUAAAGAAGAGGAAACUUCUUCUGUAAUAGAAGAGAUUAGCAGCUUAGUUGAAAAAACAACUUUAACCUCGAAUGAGGAAAAUGCAACAAGUCAGAUCAAGUCAGAUAUUUUAAAUUCUUCUUCCGAGAUAAAAAGGACAGCGCACCUGGAAGACAAGCAAAAAGCUGAAAACGAUUCAACGGCUAAAGAAAUUAGUCAUGAGAGUAGUUCACCUGAAGAAUUAGCUGAAAGCCUAACCGACGAAGAAAGUGAUAGACCGGAUGAUCAAGAUUUAUUGGAUGAUAAUAAUAAACCAAAGGUAUUGACAGGCUGGCAAAAGAAAUUGCUAGCAAGGCAAGAAUAUCGUAAGAAGCUUGCAGAAGAUCCAGCAUUCGUACCUCAUCUUGGAGAAUUUUGGGGACAUGAUGAUCGGUUCAUAAGAGACGAAUUAAAAAAUGAUUUUGAACACCGUCCGAGAAAUUUACCUUUUGCACCCAAAGGUAGAGUAGUUUGGGGAGUUAAUGAGCCCAGAGGUCGAUGGGAUCAUGAUGGUUUUGAAGAGUUAAUGAAGAUGGAAGAAGAAGAACGGCAUAGGAAAGAGUUUCAACGCAGAUUUCAACAACGUCGUGGUUUUAGACCCCGGCCAAAGAUAUAUCGCCAUCGACCGGUUAUACGUAACAAUAUCCUAUCAUUUAAAAUUAAUCAAAAUCGGAUGUCAAAUUUAUCUUCUGGAAGAAGGCCUUUGCCGUCGAGAGUCGCGACAACCAGUAAUAAAGUAAAACCCCUGAAUAAUAUUAGUACCCCAACUCAGAAACCUUUUGUCAAGGAGGACCGAUCGGACUUUAAACAGAAAGGAGUAGAAACUACAGUAGAAUCAACAUCACAAUAUAACAAUCAAAAGAAUACGUAUCAUUCACGUGAUACAAAUAGCUUUCGAGGUGGUCGAGGAUAUAGUAAAGCACCUUUGCGAACACGUUCAAGCCGAGUUCAUCCUGUAUACCAUAAACAAAAUGUGGGUGUUAAUGGAAAAAAUACAAGUGUUAACAAAAAAAAUGCGAAUGUUAACGAACCAGGACAGAUAAAACAGCAAAAAGAGAGUAACGAAGAUAAUAUUGACAAAGAUCAUAAAUUAACUAAUGAAGAACCAGGUCUAGAAGCUGUAGCAGGUGAGACAAAUGUAAAAGGUGUCACAUGGCAUCAAUCUUCAGAGAACAAAGAGCUUGAAAUAAAAUAUCAAGCUAAAGUUUCUGAAGAUCUCGAAAAAGAAGAAUCUGAAGUCGAGAUAAUUUUAGAUCCUCCAAGUAGAAAGACGAGCGGGAUGCAAGAAAGCGAUGGGCAUGUUAAUUCUCAGAUGAACAAUAGUACAGAAUCCAACGGUACAACAGUGAAAUCUGAAGGUCGGUCUGAGAAUGGACAAUCGCCUUCAAGUAAAGAAUCUCCGACAUCACCAUUAACAGAGGAUCAAGAAAAGGAACGCUCACAACCUACUCAAUCAUCUAAACGAUACUCGACAAGAAGAGUUGCUACUACACCGACUACACAGACAACUGAACAAGAGGUAGUAGGAAGCGGAGUUGGACCUUCUCGAGCCAGUAGUGAAAUUCCGGCAUCAGCUCCAUUCAAACCCAGAUCGAUGACUCUUUCGGACGAUAAAGACGUUAGGACCGAGGAAGAUAAUCUUCCACCUCAACAACCAAUGGAUACACCAGUUAGAUAUUAUACUCCAAAUAGGGUUCCAGUGAUGCCACCAAGAAAUAAUAAUUUAAUGGAAAAUAAUUCUGGAAUAGCUGUGGCCCCACCAGCAACACAAUUUGAGAGUAAUGGAAUGGUUUAUUAUUAUGAUCCAAAUAUGUACCAUCAACCCCAUCAACCCCAUCAACCUUAUUAUUAUUAUCCACCGGUUGAAACCAAGGAUGGUAACGAUAAAACAUCAUAUAUACCACAGCCGCCACCACCAGGAAAUGCGGUACUAGAUAAUGGCGUUUAUUACUAUUAUCCUGUUUAUUAUCAUAAUAUAUACUAUUGUAAAAAAAAUGUUGAUUAUUCUAAACGCCGAGAUUUUAGUAACGUAGUAAACAUGAUAAACACGAUGAUCGGAUCAACUCGAUAG